AGCUAGAGAACAAAACAAUAUGUUUAAUCUUAGGAUUCAUGGGAUCUUUGUGAUUGCAUGUUGGACAUUGAUUUUGUUUGAAGAAAUGGUUGGAGGAAGCCCUUUGAAUAAUCAUGUGUCUGUUGUUGAGACAAGUACAACUGGUUCUAUAUGUGGAUAUGCAUCAGAAGGCACACAUUUAGAAUUGAAAUGCCCAGAUGGAAAAGUUUUUUCAAGAGUUGAAUUCGCAAGCUAUGGUGAUCCAAGUGGAAAAUGUGGAUCGUUCCAAAAAGGAAAAUGGCAUGCAUCAGACAGUUUGUAUGAAACUCAAGAUGUAUGUAUUGGAAAACAAUUAUGUUUCUUUGACGUUUCGAGUCAGGAAUUUAAUGUCAAACUAGAUGGCAUUGGUAGAUUAGCUGUGCAACUCCAAUGUGAUUUGUAUGAUCCUAAAAUCAGUCCAAAAGAACGGGUGGAUAAGCUACGUGACGAAUACGAGGAACCUGUUGAUCCGACAGGUCCUGGUGAGGGACUUCCGUACUAUGGCUUUGGUGCUCCUCCUCCUUCUGUUGAAUUAUAGAACGUCUGGAUAAGUGAGAUGACGGGGUUCAAACCCCGACCCCUUGCAUAUAUAAUGCAACGUCCAACCAAAUUAAUUGAUGACAUUAUCAAACUAAUUGUUUGUGGUUGUUUAUGUGUAUGUUUAAAUUUUUAGAAAUUGCCGGAGUAUGUCUUACUAGUGGUGAAAUUAAUAUUGACGGGAUAACAACAUGAUGUGCAUGCGAAGUUUUAUUAUUUGAAAAACUUAUGAACUUAAUUUCAAUAUGGUUGUAUUUUAUAUUUGAUGAACUUAUGAACUUAAUUUCAAUAUGGUUGUAUUAAGUAUUUGAUGAACUUAUGGAGAAAGAAUUGUAUUUUGGAUUUGAUUUUAAUAUGGUUGUAUUAUGUA